CGGAGGUAUGAAGGAGAACCUCUGACACAGUCCAACCUUUCCCUUUGUUGCAGCCGGUUUUUGUCAUUACUCGCGCGCGGAGAUCAUGCCAUAGAUCAUCUCUGCUUUUGGUUUUCGUUGUUGUCAUGCGGAGUAAUCAUCUUUUUAUAAGGUGUAUUAAAGCAAUAACGAGUACAUAGCAUACAGUAUGACGUGGGAUCUAAUUUUAACAUCUUGUAGACGCAACACGUGAUAAACAAAAGAUUAUGCAACUGACUUGAAAUAUUUUGAUGUAAUACUGAGGUUGUAUAUUAUUAUUUUUUCAGUUGCUAUUUGACUACACCGGAAUAGAGAGAGAAAAGAGACUUCCAUAAAGUUGUGAUAGUUGUGUGGUGGGAGGGAUCGAUAUAGACCUACUCUUGUGUCUUUGUAAGUGCUGAUAUUCGAUGGUUAAGAACCUACUGCGUUUACUGUCUGUGAGCGAUCGCAACCGUCGACGUCUCCAUCACAGCCAAGCUUUAUCUUCUAGCGUUUCCGCACCUCUUGAUGGGCGGGCUAAAGUCCAGGAUUCCUGCAGUGGAGCACCUUGUCCUAGUUUAGGAGCCCGGUGGACACUGACGAGAUUACACGCUUACACCUGGAGGAUUCUACAAGAUAAACGUACUUGAAUACCAGACAAAAGACAACCUACCUGACAGAGCAGCGAUCAAGAUGGCAUCUAUUCCUCAACUGUUGAUGGAUGAGGUGCAGCCUGCCUUGACUACAUCUGGUGGCAAGGUGACGGUAGUUGGUGUGGGACAGGUGGGAAUGGCUUGUGCCUUCUCUCUUGUUACACAGCACAUCUGUUCUGAACUGGCUCUAGUUGAUGUUGCUGCAGACAAGUUGCGAGGAGAGAUGAUGGAUCUUCAGCAUGGUUUAACAUUCCUUAGAAACGUAAAAAUUGAAGCCAACACAGAUUAUUCUGUGAGUGCUGGUUCUCGCUUGUGUAUUGUAACAGCUGGAGCUCGACAGAGGGAAGGAGAGUCACGUCUUUCUCUUGUGCAGCGCAAUGUGGACAUCUUCAAGGGCAUUAUUCCUAACCUUGUUAAAUAUUCUCCAAACUGCAUUCUUCUUGUUGUUUCUAAUCCUGUGGAUAUUCUCACAUAUGUUGCUUGGAAAUUGUCUGGACUUCCAAAGAACAGAGUGAUUGGCUCUGGAACCAACCUUGACUCUUCAAGAUUCCGCUUUCAUCUGUCGCAGAAACUCAAUGUUGCUCCGUCUUCUUGUCAUGGCUGGAUUAUUGGAGAGCAUGGAGAUUCUUCAGUUCCAGUAUGGUCAGGUGUCAAUGUUGCAGGAGUGCGGCUACGUGAUCUUAACCCACUUGUAGGAACCCCAGAGGAUCCAGACAAAUAUAACGAAAUGCACAAUGAUGUUGUUAACAGUGCCUAUGAAGUGAUCAGGCUGAAGGGUUACACAUCAUGGGCCAUCGGAACUUCAUGUGCUGUUCUUAGCAGGGCAUUACUUUCGAAUCUAAGAAGUAUAUAUGCUGUAACCACAGCUGUGCAGGGUUACCAAGAUAUUGACAAGGAUGUUUUCCUGAGUCUCCCUGUUGUGUUGGGUGAGAAUGGUGUGACUCACAUCAUCAAGCAAACACUCACACAAGCUGAAAUUGACCAGCUGAAGAAAUCAGCUGACACACUUUGGGAUGUGCAGGCCGGAAUCCAGUUUUAGGUUUGAUGCCUCAGAUGAGGAUAAAAAUGGACUGGAAAUCACCUGCAGUGGCCUAAAUAAUGAAGGAUAAGGAAAUUCCUGCAAAAGGCAAGAGGAGGAAACCAUAUUAAAAAAAUUUAAUAUAUCUACAAAGAGCCAAAAUGGAAUUGGUGUGGUUCAAGCAAAGAUUAAAUAUGCAUAUACCAUUACUUAAAAAAAAAAAAUAUUAUUUUUCAGAUAUGCUAUAUUGUCAGCCACUGUAUUCCUUAGUCAUGAAAGAAUAUAUGUAUUACUUUCUACUAUGAGGUGCCCUGCAGUAUAAUAUAACUUUAUUACUGUCAUUGAUUUGUGAAGCCUAACAUAUUUUAUUUGGUCUGCAUUAUACAAAUUUAAAUUCAAUAUACACUACAUAUUAAAUGCUAGGUGUUCAUUCAUCUAUCUUCAUAAUUAUUUAAUGCCUUUUUUAGUAAAGUACUUGGAUUACCAUUUAUCAUAAUGAGCUGAUUUAGUGAUUUUAGAUGUUAUAUUUAAUUUAAGCCUCUUGUCUGCAGUAUGUACUGGGUAAAUUGAAUGCACCAAGUAACUGAUAAGUAGAAAAUAUAUUUUUUCCUCUUGUGUUUAUUAUAUUAUGUACCAAUAUAGGCUAAAUGUAUUAAAAGUAAAAGUCGUAUGUAAUACUGUAUAUUUCUUUAUACACACAAGCAGUUAAUUAAAAAUGAUAAUAAGAAA